ACAAAGGGAAACGAACGCUAUAUAACGAAAAUGUAAGAAGAUCCGAAAGACAGAGGUUGAGAAAAGAGAAAGGACGGCAACCGACGCAAAAGACUGAACCUAGACACACGAGUCUAGAGACCAUUAUUGACAAAGAGCAUCAUUUUAUUGACUGGAACAAGUUUCCAGAUGGUAUCUGCGUUCUUAUUGAUUACAAGCCGUCUAGCUGA